AGAGAGCAAACAGUGAUCUAAUUGUACUGUACAUAGUCUUAAGGCAUUGUGGCGUUGCUUUUAUGGAUUCAUUAAUUCAUGUAACAGAUGGCACAUGAAUAGAAGUUUAGAAAAACAAGACAAGACACCGGGCACUCAAUCAAAUUCUCACUCUGUACAGAUCUGGGACAAACCCUUUGGUGCUGUGGUCUCCCCCUCUGUCAUUGAAAUCUGAGGCAGGAAGAAGUGGACAGUCUGGUGAGGUGAAAUAGUCAGACAGUAGGCCUUUCACCAGGGGCUGCAGAAUGCAUCUAUGUAUUCCAAUAGUCUGGUCUAAUAUAUUUUGUGAUUGUUACCUGCAUGGAUCACGGAAGCGGGGGGGCCGCCCGGGCAACUUUUGAGGUCUGGUACAAAUUAUGACAUACAAAAAUAAAUAGGCUACAGGCUCAUGUGGAUUACUCAUUAAAAGAUCGCGAUCUCGAUUCAAACACACUCAAUCUUAUUGCUAUGUCGACGAGACCAUGUUUAUUAAACCAUUAAAAUCACAGUCACAUCAGAAUAUUUAAACCUGCUUUCGCGCAGCCGCUGAUUCAGAGAAAGCAGCGCUCAUCAUAAACUUUAUGUUUGAAACAGCUUUACAAACAGUCUACACAGUAGGCUACAUUGCUGUGUUGCAAACAUUAAAUAAUAAUGAAAGUAUUGGGAUAAAAGUUUAUAGUCCGGAUAUAGACUCUGAUUGUUAUGAAUCCGGUUCGUGGCCUUCCGUCUGAUUGCCACCAGAGGUCACUCAUCCAUCAUAUUGACUCUCACACUACACAGACUGUUUCACAUUACCUUGCACUACAAUUCUCAUCAGCCAUUGCACUGACGACACACACAGCUGAUUGCACUGAUCACACACCCUACAUAAACCAUGGACUUCCUCUUCCUCUUUGCCAAGUAUUGUAUAGCAUAUAUCCUAACGAUAGCUACUCUACGGAGCCCACUUAGUUGCCUUGCCUGUUUUUUUUCCCGUAUUUUGAUUUUUGCCCGUGUUUCCUGGAUUAAAGUUGCCUGACCGUUCGGACACUGUUUGCACCUCUCUUGGAUUAUAACUUGUGUACCUGGAUUAUCUCUCUGCCUUGCCCUUUUGGAUAUUGUUCGCCAAUCGUAGAGCCACGCUUGCCCUAGGAUUACUCUCUGUUUUAUCUGUGUUAUACCUGUUUGCUGAUGUUUUUGACCCUGCUUGUUUUGUGACCAUGUCUAUUAAUAAAAGCCUGCAAAUGGAUCUGCACGCCUCUCGUCUUGUCGGCUCCGUAACAGAAUACUCGGCCACACAAGGAUCCAGCGGCUUUCCAGAGGAACACUUGCCAGAGGGAGAACGCAACACUGCAUCUAUGGCCGAGAUAGCAGUUGCGUUAGAGCACGCUCACAAAAUGGCGGCGACAGCAGAGCCCGUUCACAAAGUGGCGGCCACAACCACACUCCGUCAUGUCACUACUGCCAGUCAUGAGUCAAAUCAAGUCACAGUUGAUGUUAAGGAGCCAAGUCAAGUUAUCGUUGAUCUUUGUGAAUCCAGUCAGAUCAUAGUUGAUCAUCGUGAGUCUAGUCAAGUCACCGUUGAUCGUCACGAGUCAGACCACAUCACAACUAAUCAUCCAGAGUCAAGCCCAGUCACAGUUAAUCUACAUGUCUCCGCUGACCUUCCCGAGUCGCGCCAUAUCUUCGCUGAUCAUCCAGUCUCGCCACGUCUCGUCUGACCUUCCAGAAACUCUUCACGUCAUGUCUACCACCCCAGAACCACGUCCUGUUAUGGUUGUACUGCAACCCUCCACUUCCCUAUCAAGGGAAACUGUCAGCAAACAUCAGAGGUUGGCAUCCAGUGUGGAGGAUCCAACGCUGGCGUCAGCACGCACUGCUGGUAUCCCCAAACCAGCUUACUUUGGUGGUGGUGGCGCCCAGUCAUGUACUCUCAGCCUAUUGUUUUGCGGUCGAAGAGACUGUUACUGAACUCUCCUUGUGUCCUGAGUUUGCCACUGUAGAACCUCCAGAGGUGGUGGCAGCCGCUGCGGAACCUCCAGAGGUGUCAGCGGUAUUUGACUAUGAACCCUCGUCCUGUCCUGUCACGGCUAUGGAGGCUGUCUGUGAACUCCUGCCCUGCUUUGAACUGGCCACAGAGGCCAAUAAUGAACCUUCCUUUGCUCAUGUCAUGUCCAAGGAGGCCGUUUUUGAACAUUUGUACCGUUCUGAACCAGCCAUAGUGGCUGAUUAUGAACUGUCUGCCUUGCCUGUCUCUGUCAAGGAACCUACACCUGAACUGUCUGUCAUGAACUCAAAAACUGUAAAUGCACCCCAUAUCUGUCCCAUUAACCCUGUUAUUGCCAAAGACAACAUUAGUGAACAUGUCCCCUUCCAGGUUCCUUGUGCCAAGUAGGUUAGGCCAGCCCCCGACUAUGGAUUUUUCUAGUAAACUAGUCGAAUGUUUAUAUUAAAUAUAUUAACAUAAUAACCUACUAAGCCAUCUUUUAAUAAGCAUUUAGGCGUUUUAUAGCCUACAUUCCGCGCUCAAGCGUGCGCAUAAAGCUUGCUGCAAAGCACCGGCAAAAGUAAUAAUUAUGAAUGCAUUGGGGAAAAAG